CACAAUCUCGAAGGCGCCGCUGAGCAGUGCGAACGUCGCCGUUCGUUGGGAUUUCAGAAUCCGCACAUAAAAUGUGCGAUAGAUCUUCUGGAUGCGCAGGUUCAUCUGCGAUUGUUUGACAAAACCGAGGAUGAGCAACGUUUCGAGCACCUAAAAGUAGUAUUCAGACUUGCUGAAAGUGUGGUAGCAGGACGACCUCGUAUCUCGUUAGCUUACAAAUUAGCAGCGGAUGCAUUGUUGCGAGUGGUCAAAUAUCGCGAUGAUAUAAUGAAAAGUGUUGAUAUACCUCCAAGUUGGUCGAUCUCUGACCGUGUAUCUGCUGUGCGAACAGCAGUGAUGUUCUAUUCUGUGGCUUUGGACUUAAAUCGAGAAAGCACUUGGGCUUGGUACGAUUUGGCAACAGCUUUGCUUCAACAAGCCCGUCUGGAUAACUCGGCGCAACAUGCAGUGAAAGCAUCAGAUUGCUUGCGAAAGGCUAUGAGUUUGAGUAAAUGCUCUCAAACAAAAUCGCAAGUUUGGACGCUACUAGCUGAAGCCCAGAGAUUGUCCGCUACUGCAAAUGGUGCGACGGGAAAUGUCGCGAACUCGGCAGCUCUCCAGCAGCACUACCUUGUUCGAGCGUUACAACUGAAUAAGGCUAAUGACGAAGCUUGGUUACGUCUUGCACUUCUCUACUACACCAAUGGAGCGGUUUGUGGCGCCCACAGAUUUUGUCGAAUUUUCUCUUAUAUUGUUUAA